AUGUUCAGCCACCGGAUUUCAAGACGCAGCCUUUGCAGGCGACACUAUCGUAACCAGCUUCGGACCGGUCGAGAUUCAAGCGAACGGGAGCCUGCUGGCAAUGUGGCGGUCCUGGCAAGAUUGCCCUGUGGGUUUAGGUACUUUCUGCUCCGUGAUCCACACAGCCAGUGCAAUGCACUGGAGACCAGGAAUAUCUUUGCUGAUGAGAGCACUGGACCAGCGGAGUGUGGUGACUCGCAGGGAGUGUUUCAUGCAAUUUUCCAUUACAUGGUCUCGGAGAGAGACUUGACAUCCCAUGCUUGGAGUACAGACUUUUCCGGCAAAUGGACGCGCACGUGCAAUGCCAAUGUUCAGAACGUUUCUUUCACCGAUGGCACGUUUGCAAAGUUUGAGUCACGUGAGCGGCCGGACUUAGUGGUGGAUGAUGCCGGAAAGCCUGUCGCUUUGGCUACCGCCUGCAACGCCGGGACAAGCCCUCCUGAAGGCUACAUGAUCGGGGUGUUUCCCAUUCUCGAAUCCUCGGAGUUUGCUGUUGACAAUGCCGCUUUCACUUUGGUCCAACCGCUCGUCUCGGAUGGCAAGAGUACUAGUGCUGCUCCAAUGGAUAACUCAACGACGAACACGGGCCAGUCCGUGUCAAGCACAUGUACCAUCGCAAACGCAGUGGUCCUCUUGCUCAAUGUCGCGUGGCUUUUCCAUCAUUGA